AUCACGUUUUUUUAUUAACACUAAAAUUACGUGUUUUUCAUUUGUUAAAGUGUCAGUAUGUGUUGGUGGUCCGGGCAUGUAUCUUUCCCACACAUAAGGCUCUUGUUUUAGUUUAUUCUCCAUUUAAAGGUGUCAGUUGUCAUCACUACAACUGCUUUCAUCUGCUGUGAAACAGAUAUGUUGGCAAAACUCAUCACAAAGUGUUUGACGAAUGUAUUUAAACACCGGUUCCGACGGGCCUUCUGACUAAUCGGACAUUACGAAAUGGACAGCUUUCAGUAGCAGACCUCUACCACUUGGUCAUGAUCCUAGCCGCACUCGCAGUGGCCGUGUUCACCCAGCACCUGAGCGCUGCAUUUUCAUCAUGUCAUAAUGGAUGUAGCUGUUUGAAGAACGUUGCCGUCUGCUCUGAAAUGACAUCUCUUGACAGUCUAUCAGUCCCUGUCCACACGACGACACUCGUGCUGGACUCGUUGAAGUUGCAGACGGUACCAGCAGACGCCUUCAAAAGUCUUGGCCCGCUGAGAAUUUUAGAGCUACAAAACUGUACCAUUGAAAGAAUAGAGAAAGGAGCAUUCAGAGGUUUAGGAAACAUGGAAGAGAUCAUUAUCGCGAGAAGCAACAUCAGCAGCAUCAACCGUAAAGCGUUCUCGGAUAUGCACGACAUCACUCGCCUGACGUUCAGCGGCAACGUGAUUAGAUCUGUGGGACAAGACGCCUUCUACAACAUCACCAACGUCACGGAGAUAACCUUCCAGUCAAACACUUUCACCAACAUAGCCCACCAUGCGUUUCACCACAUCAAGUGGGUAAAGUUCCUUCACUUCUAUCUGAACACGGUUACGGGCACAGUCAAGGCGGGCGGCUUCGCGGGAAUGCACCACUUCGACACCGUCAACUUUUAUCUCAACAAUAUCAAAAUUAUGGAGUGUCGAACGCUUGACAGACUGGUUCUAUCUGGUAAGAAAGUCAGUAUUUACUCGAACGUCUUUAAAUGUCACUGCAAACUAUCGUGGAUGCAUUCUCAAGUUUCAAUGAAGAGUUACCUCUCCUCCAAUUUGUGUACGAACAAUGGAGACCCACAACAGCUAUUUCUAUCUAAAGCUAAAACUGCAGACCUGCAUUGUCCAUCAGCAAAGCCUACAUCAAAGCAACGAGGAUGCCCCAAUGGUAAAACAGAUCAUGUGAUACAGUCUACGUCAGCUACGACCAGAAAAAAAGCAACGAAACUACCAUCAUAUAGACAUACUAUGCAAAUGGAAUUCCACGGUACUAGAAUGACGUGGACGGCAAGAAAAACAAGUACAGAGAGUUAUGGAAUUGACACAUCAUCGAUGUCCUCGCCAAUCGAAGCAAGUGAGAAUAUCAGUAACCAGGAUAUAGAAUCGCUGAUCACGUCACAGACUUCGAGUAAAUUACCUACCACUAGCUCUACAGUAACUGUAAACACGAUAUCUUCCACGUCGCCGACGUCAAUAGCAUUUACAACACCGCCCACUACACAAAAGCUUAUCACGCCACAGACUUCAAGUACAUUACCUACCACUGAAUAUACAGUAACUGUAAAGACGAUAUCUUCGAUGUCACAGGCAGCAGUAACAUUUACCACAAAGCCUACAGCACAAAAGCGUAUCACGUUAUUUACCACAAAGCCUACAACACAAAUGAAAAAGUCUUUGACGUCGCCGGUUUCAAGAUCAUCAUCAUCAGUGACAAAGUUUACAACUGAAGCAUCAACUACUACGACGUCUGCCAUUAACAUGAUCAUAUCCUUAACGUCACAGACUUCAAAAAUGCCAUCAUCCAUCACCAAACCUGUUACAAAAAUGGUCGCACUUUCGACGUCAUCGACUGAUACAUCUAGUAAAAGAAAACAUGCCCCCAAAUUUACUCAUUCUUUCAGAUCAACCAAACGGAAAAAACUGUCAAAGAAAAAAAUGACCAGUUUAAAACGAUCUACGUCUACUGCAACCUCGACUGCUUUAGUAACUGACGAGCCACGAAUCUCUCCUAUUGUUACUUCUAUGGUUCAGACCCCGAACGGCAAUUUUCGAAAAUAUGACAGGAAGACUAAAUCAACUGUCAAAGAUCGCUAUGAACAAUCUCCGCCUGGGAGCGCAGGUCAUGUUUUCAUUGCAGACAGCGGAAGUCUGCCAGUUGCGCUUUAUCUGAUCAUGACAUUCUCUGAUGUAAUUUGGUGACCUUUAGUGUGAGUUUACGGAAACCGUUUGCGUACAAUUGCCUAUAGAAGUUACAUUACGAAAUAAUGGUGUGAAUUUUGAAGAAAUAUGAAAUCCAGAACAGAAUGCAUUAACACUGCAUUUUAGUUUAGUUAAGGAUGAUACAAUUGUUGAAAAGCAGUUCUGCAUAAACCUACUGAUCUCUAGACAAUUUUAUUAUGCGCUAGAAAUCAAAUGUCAUCAAUGGAUUUCAUAAAUGAAUAUCUAGUAUAGAAGUUACAACCCCUCACUAGUGAAUUCUGUUGGAAGAAAAUGAAAUCCACGAUGCCAACACAUUUCACAAAUGACGUUAUUGAGGCCGUUUAGUUUCAAAACAAUGUUAAAUUUUCUUCAUGUAUCCAAAUGAUGGCCAAUGUGUUUGUAUUAUAUUUCCAGCUCUUGUGCUUAUCACCAAAGAAAAACAGCGUAUACAAACCGAAACCCCAUUACGUCUAAGUUGUUGGCAAAAUGACGUCAGUCUUGGGGUUCGCCAAGUGUAUUGGAGUGUGUGGGCAUUCGAUUUGAUAGUCUCUGAUGAUAAGGAUCUGAAUCCAGGGUGUUUCAUGACAUGCUCACCCGGGAAAAUGUUGAAUUUCAGGUGUUAAAAUAUGGCUUUGACAGUCUUUUGAAAACAGUAACAUUAAGAAGAAAAUGUGUGUGUGUGUGUGUGGGGGGGGG